UGGGUAACACAAAUAACAGCAUGCUAAAAGGAUGCUUCGCGAUGUGGAAGGAUAAAUCGAGGAUGUUUAUAUAGAAAUACUGCUGACCUGGAUAACUAAAUACGCAGCACUGCUGGUGAACAGAAAGACUUUUCAAACAGUUACGAAACGUCGCUUGGGACACUCCUCCGCAACAGUCUGAAUGGGUCCUAAUGAAGUAGCUUGUGGAGGUCAAGAAAUGAGGCCCUAGCCAUGUCUCUAAGGUUAACGAGUACAAACAAAACAUUGACUAAUUAUAUAUAUAAUUACUCCCCUUCAUCAUAAUAGCCAAGGACAGUGAUUUGGUAAACAUCUUGUAACGUCCAAAUCACUUGAGAUCAAAAUGGCUGCAGAACGACCUAAAUUGACGGAGCUUGCUGAUUGGUCCAAUAUACAUGUGAUCAGCGAGAAUGUUGAGACGCCUGGAAGUCAGAGUAUCGGGCAGCAGUCGUCUGUGAGCGGGUACUCUGUGAGCAGUCGCUGUCAGUUCCUUAAGGGCAAGACGGAGAAAGACGCGUAUGUAGAGGCAAAGGAACAGACCAUGAGGGAGGACAAAGAACGCGGAGACCCUGAAGACCAGGAGUGCGGACUCGGACGGUGUCGGCCGUCCUGUCUUCAGUACUUUACCAACAUCAAGUCGUUUGUAGUGUGUAUGAGCCUACUAUUGGCUACCUCCGGCACCAUGUCCACGGGUUACUUCAACAGCGUCAUCACGACAAUAGAAAAACGAUUCGAAAUCGGGAGUUCUGUCUCCGGUCUUAUAGCAGCCUCUUACGAGUUCGGGUCUCUAGUGACGGUCAUCUUUAUCAGCUAUCUGGGUGGACGUCGUCAUAUUCCGCGGUGGAUCGGUUACGGGGUUAUAUUCAUGGGGUUUGGUGCAUUGUUGAUCGUGUUGCCCCAUAUUCUGGCGGAGAAAUACACCGUCAACCAAGGCAUCAUGUCUAACGAAACGGACGAGAACAUCUGUAAAGUGGACGACAAGAGUGGUGCGUUCGGGGACAAAUGUAUCAGUGAGGGAUCCGGUAACGUGGGCAGUGUACUUAUCCUCAUCUUCGCACAGGUGCUGAUCGGGACUGGUGGCACGCCUAUCCUCACGCUCGGCACAACAUACGUAGACGACCACGUAUCAAAGGAUAAAGCACCUGUCUACUUAGCCUUCAUCUAUGCGUCAGGAGUGUUGGGGCCUGUCCUAGGGUACGCCCUCGGGGCGCUGCUGUUACAGUACUACGUCGACAUGUUUAUCUACGAGGUUGACAUUUUGCCUGGCGACCCGCAGUGGAUCGGCGCAUGGUGGGGAGGGUUCAUUAUCUGUGGGGGGAUAUUCUUUACCUUGUCAAUUCCGUUCAUGGCCUUUCCCAAGGUCCUGGUGAAGGAGAAGCGUAAAUUACUGGAACUCAAAGCCAAAGAGGAUCUGCUGAGCCAAGAUGAUCUGCAGUCUCGACACAGUGAUGACUACGGCAAAACCAUCAAAGAAAGUAAUAAUCACCAGUAUGAGUAUAUUGGUAAAGGGGCCGCGUAUGAGGUAAAACACAUUCCACGCUCCAUCCUUAACCUACUGACCAACAAGAUCUACCUUAUAACGUGCCUGGGGAUCUGCUGUGAGAUAUCUAUUGUCAGCGGGUUUGUUGUAUUCCUUCCCAAAUACCUGGAGACUCAGUUCGGGACAUCUAAAUCUGUCGCUAAUUUAUUUACAGGAGGUAUCGGUAUACCUGGAGCCGUGGUAGGCAUUCUAGUAGGCGGCUUCAUCCUCAAACGGUUCCAGUUACGACCAAAAGGUGCAGUCCAGCUUGCCCUUGUGUUGGAUAUCUUGGCCUUUAUAGGGUUCAUAUCAUUCUUCGUCCUUGGCUGUGAAAACCUGAAGAUUGCUGGCGCCACCUAUCCCUACAGUGCUUACUACAAUAGCUCGGAGAUGGAGCAGAUAAACGUAGAGACUAACCUGACGUCGUCGUGUAACAUGGACUGUGCCUGUUCUAAUAACGACCUAGAGCCGAUCUGUGGGAUCAACGGCAUCACAUACUUCUCCCCGUGUCACGCGGGCUGUACACGAUUUUACAGCUACAUCACUCCGGAGGAAAAACUUAUGAAUUUUAGUGGCUGUUCCUGUAUAAUGGAUAACAUCAGCAUAUCUCCAGAGGUGAUCAUGUCGCCUGUCGCCACUAAGGGCCCCUGUAAAUCUACCUGCCAGAACCUCUUCCCCUUCCUCAUCCUCCUGGUAGGCGUCACCUUCACAGUGGCUGGUACACAGAUGCCUCUCCUCAUGGUUACUCUCAGGUCGGUCCACGAAGAGGAGAGAUGUUUUGCACUGGGCAUGCAGUUUGUAAUCUUGAGAUUGUUUGCCUAUAUCCCCUCGCCCAUCAUGUUUGGUAAUACAAUAGACACAGCGUGCUUGCUGUGGAAGGAAAGGUGCGGGCACCAUGGCUCCUGUCUCGUUUACGACAUCGUCCAGUUUAGAUACAAAUAUGUCGGCAUAUCAGCUGGGCUGAAACUGCUGGGUGCUACCUUGUUUUUAAUUGUGUGGUUUUUGAUAAAGAAGCGAAAUGAACAGGAUUUGCAAAAUACUCUCUCGGUUGGUGAAAUGAUGAGUUCUGUAAACUCCAUAAACAAGAUGGAUAUGGAUUACGACCAGAGAUCAAAACACCGCCGAACGUCCAGUCAAAGUAGUAAUGACAACGACCACCGUCGGACUUCCAGCCUGAAGAGGAGUAGUCAUGACAACAUCCAUCGGGGUGGGCACCGCCGUACUCAUAGUCAAACGUCCAGUCGCUGUGAGAACGGCCUGCCUACACACACACAGGUCACAGUGGACCACUGUAGCAAUGUCUACACACACGACCACAAUCACUAUAGCGACAGUGACUCGGAUGCGCCAGAGUCAAGCUUCACAUUAACCAGGCCAUUUGAGUCAACUGUAUGAUUGUAAUUGAUGGAAAGUUUCCUGCAGAGUGUGUUUUGUUGAGUGACGUGUCCAGAGUGAAGUGUAUCUACACUAACUGUGCUCUUAAAAAUAUAUGUAAAUAUUUGUUGUGGAAAUUGGAUGUUUUUUUGUUGCAAGUGUUGUGUAUAUAAGUAUAAGUUUAUAAAUAUGGCAUCGUCUUGCAUGUGGGAGAAUUAGCGUGUGUAAAUAUGUUAAUUUAUAUGGUGUUUUUGCCACAUGAGAAAUUUUGUGCAUGUGAACCUAUACAAUGUGUUCAAUAAUAUUGCCACACCGAUAUUGAGCUAUAUAAGUCAGUUUAUAACAUGAUCGUACUUAACAGGAAAACAAAUUGUGAUAUUUGAGUUUAUUUGAAUUGAGAUGAUGUAUAUAUAUAUAAAUGAUUAAUGUUUCAUAUGCGAUUUGUUCUAUGUACGGAUGAUUACUUACAGUCGUGAAACAGAUAUAAUAAUUUUUGCAUGUGACUUUUCAUUGGGAUAUCAAAUCAUUGAUUGUUUUCUGGCAAAUCUGAUUGAACUCAUUCAACCCUGAAAUGUCAUAAUGAACUAUUCCAGCCUUUGAGUUGGAAAAGUUCAAAUUUGUCUUCGGGGAAGAAUGAGUUAAUUGGAAUAUUUUGCAGCACUUUCUGCCUCAUUCUUUACAUAAAAAGCUGAAAUUGUCAUAUUGAGAUCUUCAUUUGAGAUGUUGUCUAAUCAUUCGUACCUUUGGCAUGUAACAUGCCGUUAGAAGGGAGGUGUCAGCACAUCAUUAUUUUAUGAAAAAGGAAAUGAUGGCGAUAUUCUAUUUAGUUUUGCUGAGAUUUACAACAAAAUAUUAAUAAGAUGAAAACAAAUUUUAACUCAUUCCCCCUGAAAUUGUAUUAUGAACUAUUCCAACCUUUGAAUUGAAAUAGUUCAAAUGUGUCUUCAGGGGUGAAUGAGUUUUUCCCCUAACUUAUGUCUGCAUAUCAAGUUUAAAAUUAAAAUAUUUAUUGAUUUGUUGAUUUAUGAUACAUUUAAAUAUUAUCAAAAUAUAUCAAGUUUACGAUCUGAGCAAUGAAUGUGUAUUUAUACAAGACUAUCAACCCAAGUCAUAUCACUAGACUAACUACGCUGAUGUUUUUAGAGUUUUGUAGAAUUGAGUAGCAGUUUACAUUCUGAUAUUAUCUUGCCAAAACUGAUCUAUUCACAGGUAAAUUGUUAACGCUAAUAAUUACUGCUGUUUAAAUCUGUUAAACCCUCUCAUGUUACAGUACAAUCACAUUUUGAAUUGUUCGUAAUUUAUCGGAUGUUCUUUGGUUAUAUUAUAAGCAUCUUCCAUUAUCUUUGUUUCUAAUGUAAAAUUUACAAAGAAAAUAUAGGAAAUUUCGUUUAUUAUUUACUGUGAAAUCACUCAAUUUUGUGGGUUUUUUUUUUUCAAUUUCGUUGAUUUCAUUGGAACUCUUCAUUCAGGAAUUCAUAGGUCCACGAAGUAAUUACAAGGUUGACUGGCAGAUAUUCCCCGUUUGAGUGGGUACUCGUAACCCACAAAUUCACGUACCAACGAAGUGGUGAUUUUUAGGGAAACCAACAAAAUUUGGGACCCAAAAAUAUAUUUGAUUUCACAGUAUAUUCUUUGGCAUCGUCACUAACGUAUUUACUUAUAAGACAAAUAACAUGUUGGUUAUCGUUUGAAGAUAAAUUCUAGUGAUGUUACACGUGUGAGGGUUGUUCAUAGGUCCUCUUCCAUGUUUCGACAUAGCUGGGUUCCUGUAAUUCACAGAUGUAGACAAUGUUUGGAACCUAUCAACAUUGGGUUGGCUAUGUUUGGAACCAAUUAAUAGGUUGGAGAUGUUUGGAAACAAUUAACAGGUUGGCUGUGUUUGGAACCAAUGAAGAUUUGGUUGGCCGUGUUUGGACGACACCAUCAACAGUGGGUUGGUGGUGUUUGGAUGACACCAUCAACAUUUGGUUGGCCGUGUUUGGACGACACCAUCAACAGUGGGUUGGCCGUGUUUGGACGACACCAUCAACAGUGGGUUGGUGGUGCUUGGAAGUGCAUGAUGGUGUUAGGAGUCGUCAGCACAGGGUGGGCAGAGUGUUUGGAUCGCAUUAUCAACGGGUUCCCAAUGUUUGGACUUGAUCAGCAUAGGGUUGCCCAUGAUUGGUGUCUGUGGCGGUGUUGGUAGUCGAUCAGCAACAAGUUCGCAAUGUCACCAUUGACUGUAGUUUAUUUCUGGGGUCUCCCUCGUGAUCACAGUCCUGUUAUUAUCGGGGCGGUGUUUAUUCAGCCUGUCGGACAAUGUGGCUUUAUACAAAUUGUAGAAUUGAACUAAAUUGAUAUUACUAUUGAGAUGAGAAUUGUUUACAGUACUAGUUUAAAUAACAUAUUUAUGAGAUGGUUCUAGUCAGCUUGGUGCCAUAUUAUUGUGUGGGAUAAAUCACAUAAUUUAUCUGCUUUCAAACUGUUAACAUAAAGGUGCUUGUUUAAAAAAUGUCAGUAAGAUUAAUAGUGUAGAAGACUUCAUUGAGAAAUUUUAUAAUAUAAUUUGUUCCCGUUACAAUUGUAGUAGAUUUAGGCCUAAGUUGUAUCUCCUGUUCUUCGUGGAUAUUCAACAGAAUACUCAGUGAUUUUUCAAUAGAAUCUCACAUUCUAUAUCUUGUUUUGAUUGACUCGGUGAGUUAUUUUACUAUCCAAUUCAAUGCAGUAAAAAAAAGUGCAAAAAUCAGUUUCCCUUAAGUGUGACAUUCUGUAUGAGAAUCUAGGCCUGCGAACCUUCAGAUUUAUUGUUCGGGAGAAAUUGCAUGACAAAACCUUAUAAGAUGUCUAAGAAUUACUUCUGUAGCGAAACUGGACUGGGAGUAUAUACAUUCAGACUGUCCACCUAGAGUUUGGAGUGUCCCGGGACGGGAUACACCUAUAAUAUAACUGUUCUUUAAAACAAAGAGUGUAAAUCUAUUUUUAAUUGUCCCUUCUUCAUAGUGUUUGUUUAAUAUUUUUUUUAUUUUUUUUAUUCAGCAUUAUUUAUAAUCUAAUUUGUCUGGUCUUUGUAUAGAUGUUUUUCUUUCAUCUUGAGUCAAUCUUGCCAAAAAAUAUUAUGGUGCUUGAUUUGAACAGUGCUUCUUAUAUUUAAUGGAUAUUCAUUUUCGAAAUUGAUUUGUUGAAACAAAAAUUGAAUAAUUUGAAGGAAGAACACUGAGUACUAAUUGUACAUUGUAGUCUGGAAUUUUUAUAUUAAAAUCAAAAUGUAAUUCACGCAAAAAAUACUAUUAGGGAUAGUCUCACUUUAAUGCCAAAACACUUCACAACAAAAUAUACUGAUUUACCUGUUGGUACUCCACAAGAAAAUAUACUGAUUUACUUGUUGCUACGCUCAGUUAGAUUGUUGGAGUAAUGUCUUGAUCAAAUAUAGUCCAGGUGCUCAUAAUGUUAUUUCUAGUCUAGCUGUUGGUUUCAGCAUUGACACUUUUUGUCUAAGAAGUUUAUUAACCAUUUCACCACUGUAGACCAUAAUGGACUCACCCAGAUCAAUGUAUGGUAGAGUCUACUAAAGUUACAUAAGGGUGAAAGGGCUAAGAACCAGGUGCUUUGUUAUGCUUAGAUAUCUGCAGAGGAUCUAUCAAAAUACUACUACUAAUUGUGUUCAUUGUUUUUUACGCUGCCAAAACAUUUCUCUAAAACUGUUGUUUCAGGUAACCAUUAUAUGACUGGUAUUCCUCAUAUGUAUACCAAGUAAAAAAACAAACCAUGAAGGCUAUUCCAUUAUAACAUCCAUCCUACUCUCGCAAUCCAAAUUUCAUAAGGGUACCAAUUUUAAAAUUUGAAGUAUAAUUUUCAUUUGAUAGGAUUUAACUGGAUAUUAGUGGACGCAGGCAUAGCUGCCUCGAUGCCCACAUCAAUAUAGUUUGAAAUACAUUGUGGUAAACAUAAAAUAAGCCUAUAUAUAAGGCGCUGUAUCCAGAAUUCGUCCAAGUUUUUCUCAAAGUUCAUUUGUUCAGUUGAUUGGUAUUCCAACUUUGUGUAUUGCAGAGUUAUCUUCUCUUGUGAGCAGGUAUUGAUUGUUACGU